AUGGAUGCCAGAGACAAGCAGCUUUUACGCUCCCUCCGCCUGGAGCUCUGCACAGAGGUGCUGGUGGAUGGAGUUGUUAUUCAGUAUCUCUACCAAGAAGGGUUUCUCACGGACAGUCACGUUCAAGAAAUAAAAUCCCAAACCACCAGUCAGAGGAAGACCAUGAUGCUCCUUGAUAUUCUCCCCACCAGAGGACCCAAGGCUUUUGAUGCGUUCUUGGAUUCCUUACAGGAGUUCCCGUGGGUGAAAGACAAGCUGCUGGUGAAGCGCAAGGAAAUGACAGUACAAGAUCCUGCAGGAAACCGUACAACUGAAAUUGCACCAUGUAUUUUGAAGGCUUCCCCAACAGAUCAGCAGCUGAACAGGCUUGCGAGGAGACUGGGAGCGGAAUGGGAGCACAUAGUUCUGUGCUUGGGUUUGUCCCACACUGACAUCUAUCGAUGUAAAGUCAAUCACCCUCACAACGUGCAGUCGCAGAUCGUGGCCGCGUUUGUCCUCUGGAGACAGCGUCUGGGGAAAAAAGCAACGAUCCAAAAUCUGCAAGACAGUCUGGUGGCGGAAGAAGUGGAUCCUUCUGUGAUACAGUACAUGCUCGAGUGA